AUGAUAAUUACUGCUUUUAUUUGUUGGCUUAUAUUUGUUGAUAUGAUUUAUUGUCUUGAUGUAAUUGUUACACCUCCAUCAAUAGCAUGUACAAUAAAUACAAGACGUAUAUGUGAUCUUUAUAAUGAAAUAGCUCGUUUAAUAGUACUUGUAUUUAUACCAAUUCUUACACUUGAUAUAGAAAAAAAUCCAUUACGUUUAAGAAUAGAAAUACUUUCUGGUGAAGUAACAUUUCUGAUGACAACAUUUCAAAGUUCAUUAUCGUUUUAUAUUUAUGCAACGAUGGGUGGAACUCUUUUUCGACAAACUUUUAAAAAAUUGUUGUGA